UUCGCGUGCUGCUCGCGUCGUUCGUUCCAUAUGGUGUUAUUAACAUUGGUUAUAACGGUAAUUGGAAAAUAAAUUUGAAAAAUUCCGACAGAAUUUCAAUAGUGGAAUCCUCCGAUAUUUUUAUUCUCAGCCAGUAAAAAUAGUGAGUUUCACUCGUUUCGGGACUUCUCAAUCAAGUCAUAACACUCAAUGAAACUAAAUCAUUUUCUCCGCCGGAAAAGAUCCGGUAUGAUAAGGAAAAAAAGUAACAAAGAAAAAUUUUUUUGAAAUAAAGCUUCAGCGCUAAGAAGCGAAGCGGCGGCGUGAAAUACCGAUACCCCUUCUUAGUGUCCACGUGGAAGGAACUGAGCGCAAAAAAUAAAAGUGUUUUCGAGCCCUAGCUCGAAAGCCGGGUUUUUCUAGCCGACGAGCAUUGAAUAGAAAGUUUCCACUUUACGGAUAUCGGAGAUCGAGCCGUUCCGAAAAUCGUAGCACGAACGAGAGCUCUGAAUAAGAGAAGCUCGUAGAUCACUGGAGGGUCAGUGUGCAACCCCGUCGCUGUUGCUUGUAUAUAACAGCGUUUCGGUUUCCGCUUGAACUGGGUCACCACCGACCCGCCCGCUUUAUCGGCAGCGCGAACUUCCAGCCGGCAAACACACCGGAUUCUCUAAUAACUCCUCCAAAAAGUAUAGAUAGACCGGAACAAUUUUCCAACGCCAUAAAAAGAAUCGGUAGAGUUACGAAUUUGCUACGCGCUAAUGCAUUUUCGGUGUAAUUACGUGAGCCAAGAAAUUCGGGUAUCUCGACUCGAGCUCCUCGACAUGAUGUAAUCUGAUGAUUCGGAUCUCCUCGGAUUCCCGUAGCUUUUAUCGGUAUAAGUUGCUCUCAAAUUAGCCCAAUAAUCCCACUUACAAACUUCGAGUGCUGCUGGAAUCGUGUGACCAAGUGUAGAUGUUUUUUACAGUGGGAAGGUCGAUGUAACUUGAAGUGGUUGAAAGUUGAACGUGUGCAGUGAGAUGCGUAAGUUUAACGACGAUUAUCCGGGAUCCGAGAGCCGGGGAAACCGAUCGGUAAUGCACUUUUUGAUCGCCGUGUGUGCGCGAUAAUUCGCGAUCGUUGACGAACGAGCAUUUUAGCCUGUUGAUCAGCAUUUUGUGAUGCUUGCACUGAGCCUUCGCAUUUGUCUGAUGAUUUGGGACCCGGUGCAAGAUAUCAGUCAACCAUCCAGUAGCUAUUUUUUUUCGUCUUGAUAAACCAACGAAAUAAAAAGGCCGAACGAUAAACUCGUGCUUCUUGAGAAGUAUUAACGAUCUCAAAAUGAAACGUCGCAACAAUAAUUCGAUAUACGCAGUGAGUGCGAACGGCAAUGGGUGCUGCUGUCACACAAAGAGAUCAAGCCGUUCCAGCUCGUUCGGCGAGACCGGUAAUGAGACUAUCGAACCACCAGGCUGGUGCGUUUAUACAGCGGUUGCUCUGGUCGCCGUCGGAUGUUAUUUGAACGCACUUGGUGGUGAUUUCGUUCAUGAUGACAUACCUGCCGUGGUGAGAAACAAAGAUGUUAUCGCCCAAACCACCAUCGGCAGUGUACUGGCCGACGAUUUUUGGGGCACUCCGAUGCAAGACAUCAACAGCCACAAGAGCUAUCGGCCAUUGACAACUCUGACGUUUCGAUUAAACUACAUGACGGCAGGUCUUACACCGAUGUGGUAUCAUGCAACUAACGUUGCCCUUCAUGCGGCGGCGUGUGUUCUCGUAACGAGGGUUAGUCUGGCAGUAGCUGCUCUUCGACCUGGAUUCGCGGCUCUGACUGGUCUACUCUUCGCAGCUCAUCCUAUUCAUACAGAAGCGGUUACCGGGAUCGUGGGAAGGGCUGACGUUUUAGCCUGCAUAUUUUUCUUACUGUCGUUCCUCGCGUAUCAUGGGUAA